CCCCACCACCACCACCACCAAACGCAUGCAGGGCUACUUAUUCCCCCCCAGUAGGAGCCAAUCUCACUUCUGAUCACCUUCAAGAGAAAGGCCGAAAGAAAGAAGAGUUUGAGGAAGAUGGCUAACAACAGUACUACUACUCCAAAGCCUCAACAGAAACCGGUGAUGCCGCAGCAGGAGCAGAAGCAACCGCAACCGCAACCGCAACUGAUGGACCAGAUCCUGGCCACCCACUCUCCCGACGGCCGGAAGGUCGACGUUAAGCCUCUUCUCCAACUUACCGAGGAAAUCCUCCAGCGUUCCAUCACCACUAACCUUGGAGGCGCCCCCAUAUAUGCAUUGGACGAGAAGACCCAACAGGAAAAAUUCGUUGGCAAGCUUGAAACAUUGUCUAACACCAUAAAUAAGAUCGCCUGCGAGAUAUCGUACGGAUGCUCGGUGGGAGAUGAUGCACAUUCGACAACGAUGGCAUUGUUUAAGACGAUGUCCAGCUACUCUUGGGAUGCGAAGAUGGUUCUUGGCUUGGCUGCUUUUUCUGUCACCUACGGGGAGUUCUUGCUGAUGGCGGAGUUCUACUCGACUCACCCAUUGGCCAAGUCCAUAGCGUUGCUGAAGCAAUUACCAGACACAUUAGAGUACUCGGAGUCCCUGAAGCCCAGGUUUGAAUCGCUAAAGAGCCUUAUCAAAGCCAUGAUAGAUGUGACAAAAUGUGUUGUCCAUUUCGAAGAGCUACCACCUGACCAACGUCUGUCGUUGGUUGAGGCCCAGGCCAACCCUGUUGUUGUUUACUGGAUCAUCAGGAGGGACAUCUUUGUUGCUGUUUACUGGAUCAUCAGGAGCGUCAUCGCCUGUGCUUCCGAGAUCAUUGGUCUCAUUGGCUUGGCUAACGAGUACAUUCCUUCAAAAACAAAAGCUGGGGAACUGUCCAGCUUAACGCAUAAGGUCAUUAACAUUCAUGACCACCUCAAAGAAGUUUUUCCUAAUUGCUGUCAACAUAUUGCAGAUGAGAAGGUGGAGAUAAAUGAGGAGAAACAAGAAGAAGCAUAUCUAACACUUGUGGGACUCUUCAAAACGAUCCACAUUGACAACAUGAAGAUUCUCAAAGCAUUGAUUUAUGCUAAGAAUGAUCUACAACCACUUCUUGAAGGCUUUGCCAAGAAACAGGUUGGUAUUGAUGUUCUGAGGAGGAAAAAUGUGUUACUACUGAUAUCAGAUUUGGAUAUCUCCCAAGAAGAGCUUUCGUUUCUGGAGCAGAUGUACAAAGAAUCCCGAGACCAGCCAACAAGGCUAGAGUCUCAGUACGAAGUGGUUUGGCUCCCAGUGGUGGACAGAAAUUUUCUAUUGACACAAGAAAAACAAAAAGAGUUUGAUCGAUUGCAGUCGAGGAUGCCAUGGUACUCUGUGCACCACCCUUCUUUGAUCGAUCCAGCUGUGAUUAAAUACAUCCAAGAUGUGUGGCACUUCAACAAGAAGCCCAUCUUGGUGGUGUUAGAUCCACAAGGCAGGUUCGCCAACCCUAAUGCUCUCCACAUGAUGUGGAUCUGGGGAAGCCUUGCCUUCCCUUUCACUAGCAUGAGGGAGGAAGCCCUCUGGAGGGAGGAGACUUGGAGACUUGAACUCUUAGUUGAUGGUAUUGACCCAAAGAUACUAAAUUGGAUAACCGAGGACAAAUUCAUUUGCUUAUAUGGAGGGGAAGACAUUGAUUGGAUAAGAAAAUUCACAUCGGCAGCAAGAGCGGUGGCCAUGACUGCCCAUAUCCCAUUCGAGAUGGUGUACGUGGGGAAGAGAAAUCCAAGGGAUCGAGUGAGGGGGAACAUCAACAUCAUCACCAAAGGAAAGCUUAGCCAUUGCUGGCCAGACCUCACGAGCAUCUGGUUCUUCUGGAAGCGGUUGGAGAGUAUGUGGUACUCUAAGAUGCAGCAAGGGAAGAUUAUAGAGAACGACCACAUAAUGGAGGAGAUCAUGACCAUGCUCACCUUUGAUGUUAGCGAGCAAGGAUGGGCAUUGAUCAGUAAGGGAUCUAGUAACAUGGCCAAAGCCAAGGGGGACAUGAUCUUGAGCUGCUUCCAACAGUAUGAUCAGUGGAAGGAAGUUGUAGGUGAAAAGGGUUUUAUGCAAGCAGUCAAUGAUCACCUGCAAAAGCUGCAGACCCAGCAUCUGUGAAGUCCCCCCUCAUCCUGCCAGGCAACCGUCAGUAGGAUUUCGGAGAUGGUGGUCUGUUCGGAGUGUGGCCACCCUAUAUAUUGAGAAGUUCCUCAUAUACUGUUGAUGUAUGCCUUAGUUGUUCUCCAUUGGACUCACCGUUACCUUGCCUUACCCCCUACUAUUACUACAACUACUAUGAUACUAUGCCGACGAUCGAUACCCUAUAUUAAUGAUAUUGUGUGAAGGUAAUUAAUUAUGGAAAUUGUUAAGGGACGAUAGAAACUCCUCCCCUUGUGUUGUAGUUGUUUGAUUUGAAUUUUUUUUUCUGAUA